AUGAGAUCGUUUGCUAAAGUGUUGGCCCUAGCGGCUGUUGCAUUGAAAGUUGUUUCAGCUGCUGAUGAGACAACCACCUGCAGUGAAGAUUCUCACUGCCCGGAGGAUAAUCCAUGUUGUAAUCAGUACGGAACAUGUGGUACAGGUAGUUACUGUCUAGGUGGUUGUAACCCUAAGUUUUCUUACAAGAAAGAGGCUUGUAUGCCACUGCCAGUUUGUCGGGACACAAUUACCAUCUUUGAUAAUUAUACUUCCAAAAUGGCGAAUCUAUAUACAUACCUGGGUGAUGCCUCAAAGGCCAAUUGGACUUACGAAGGUUAUCCGAUCGAUUAUGAAGACGAAAAUGCUUUGAUUAUGGCUAUGCCAAAAAAUUCUGGCGGUACUGUUCUUUCCUCGACUCAUUAUAUGUGGUAUGGUAACAUUAAAACAAGAAUGAAGGCAUCUCAUGGUGCUGGUGUUGUCUCUGCUAUGAUUUUGUUCUCUUCUGUGCAGGAUGAAAUUGAUUACGAAUGGGUUGGUGCUGAUCUAGAGAAGGUGCAAACCAAUUGGUACUGGCAAGGUGCUCUGAACUAUACAAACUCUAAGAAUUUGACUGCUACGAACAACGAUGAGGAUUAUCACAUCUAUGAAAUUGAUUGGAAGGAAGAUGUUAUCACUUGGUCGGUGGAUGGUGAAGUUGGUAGAACUUUGUUCAAAAACGAAACUUAUAACUCCACUUCCAAGCAAUACGAAUACCCUCAAACUCCAUCCAGAGUUCAAUUAUCUCUAUGGCCAGGUGGUAAUGCCACAAACGAACAAGGUACCAUUAACUGGGCCGGUGGUGAAAUUGACUGGGACUCCGAUGACAUCAAAGAUUAUGGAUACUACUACGCCGUGUUAGAAAGUGUGAACAUUACCUGUUAUGACCCACCAUCCGGUACCACGAAAAACGGUUCCGAAGUAUACCAAUACUCUGGUGAAGACAACUGGUUGCAAAAAGGUGUCUUUAUCACCGACGGUAACACUAUAUUGAAGGAUUACGAUAACUCUGGUUUGGAUGACAAUACCCCAGACGAAAGUUCUUCCUCUUCUUCUUCUUCGUCCACUUCAUCCUCAUCCAAAUCUAGUUCCACUUCAACAGGAAGCAGCUCCGGAUCGGCUUCAACAACGACCACUGCUGGCUCCAAUGACGAUACUGACGAGUCAUCUUCUUCUUCUACAAGUUCUUCCGCAGCAGCAGGAUUCGUUCAAAAUAUGUCGACUACUUCUAGCUCCGGUAACUCCAGUUCUGCUACAUCUACUAGUGCUGCUGGUGCUGAAAAGAACUUGUCAUAUGGGUUUGGUUUAAGUUUAAUUUCCCUAUUGUUAUCAUUGCUGUGA